AGGAUUUUUGACGCACUUCAUUUGUUAGGUACCUAUAUGAGGUCCUUGAGAAAUCUGACAUGGUUGAUACAUUUGGGUUCGUGGAUCCUGCACGGGUCGUCUCUAUUGGGGUAUCAGAUUCAAAGAAUGUAGUGAACAAUUUAGUACAACGGAUGCAACAUGGAAAGUCUCAUCGUAUAUUUUUGGUGCCUUACAAUCCCAGUGACCAUUGGAUGUUGACUAUAAUAAAUGAAGAAAAAGACAUUGUCUACAUUGUGGACUCUUUGGAAAGACAAUACCCCGAGUGGAUGGAAACUGUGAACAAUGCAAUCAAAUUAUUUAAUGGAAUUACGGGUAGACAUGGCAAAAAAGCACCACGAUGGAUAAAUCUCUCGGGUGCACCAAAACAAGUGGGCGGUGGUGAAUGUGGCUACUAUGUCAUGAGAUACAUGAAGGAACUGAUUGAGGAUCCAAUGCUUUCUUUUGCACAGAAGUGGAGUAGGAAGUCGAAGAGAACCAGCUACUCACAAGAGCAAAUUGAUGAGGUGCGGAUUGAAUGGAGUGAGUUUGUUACAAGGAAAUACUUGUAGAUGUUUAUGAUGAAGCGUGAUAUUUGUAGUGCUGCUUUUUAUGGAACAAGUAGUCUUUAUUGAUCGUAUGUUAAGUUGGACAGAAUUAUUUAAGUUUCAUUGUUUAAUAUGUAGUAGUACUUAAGUAGUUUACUUAUUGUAGAACAUGAUAUUUUAACUUUUGGUUUAUGAAAGAUAUAUUGCUUAAUAAUUUUUUGGUAUUUUGA